CUCCCGCCUUUCGGCCUCUCCCCCACGCAUUUUCCCGCCUCGUCUCUCUCGGCUAUUCCCUCUCUCCUCCCUGCACGUAGCGGAAGUGACGCGACUCGUAGCGGAAGUCCCUACAGCCGUGGUGUUGUGCUGUGGGGAAGGGAGACAGAUUUGUAAACCCCGGAGCGAGGUUCUUCCUACCCGAGGCCGCUGCUGUGCGGAGACCGCCGGGUGAAGCCACCGUCAUCAUGUCUGACCAGGAGGCAAAACCUUCAACCGAAGACUUGGGGGAUAAGAAGGAAGGAGAAUACAUUAAACUCAAAGUCAUUGGACAGGUGAGUUUCAUUGUUUUUCUCCUUGGACUCUUCUCCAAUGGAGUUCCAAUGAAUUCACUCAGGUUUCUCUUUGAAGGACAGAGAAUUGCUGAUAAUCAUACUCCAAAAGAACUGGGAAUGGAGGAAGAAGAUGUGAUUGAAGUUUAUCAGGAACAAACGGGGGGUCAUUCAACAGUUUAGAUAUUCUUUUAUUUUUUUUCUUUUCCCUCAAUCCUUUUUUAUUUUUAAAAAAUAGUUCUUUUGUAAUGUGGUGUUCAAAACAAUUGAAAACUGGCACCUCAUCUCUUUAAAACAUCUGGUAAUUUGAAUUCUAGUGCUCAUUAUUCAUUAUUGUUUGUUUUCAUUGUGCUGAUUUUUGGUGAUCAAGCCUCAGUCCCCUUCAUAUUGCCCACUCCUUUUAAAAAAUUACAUGUGUGCACAGGGAGGCCACCGUUUUCUGGACUGUGCAUUUUCAGGCUUGUGGUGGUAAGAUCAAUCAAUGCAAGAAGUAUUCAUAAUGACUUUCCAUUUGGCCCUGAAGUUCUAGCAUGUGAUUGCUUCACUCCUGGACUGUGACUUUCAGUGGGAGAUGGAAGUUUUUCAGAGAACUGAACUGUAGAAAAAAUGGCCUUUCCUUAACUUGAAGCUACUUUUCAAAUCUGAGGGUUUGGACCAAAAGAAGAGGAAUAUCAAGUUGGAGUCAAGAUUACAAAUAAGGUGAGAAUAAUGACUAACUCCAAAGAUGGCUUCAUUGAAGAGAAGGCAUUUUAAGAUUUUUUAAAAAUCUUGUUGGAAGAUCCCAGAAAAGUUCUUAAUUUUCAUUAGCAAAUAAUAAAGUUAUUCAUGCAGAAGUGUAUACAACAGAACACUGCUGUUCUUUGUUUUAUUUGUACUUUUUGGCCUGGGAUAUGGGUUUUAAAUGGAUAUUGUCUGUACCAGCCUCAUUAAAAUAAACAAUAUUUGUAAAAAUCAUA